AUGGAAUGGCCUGUCAAGAUUCCAUAUUUUGCUUCUGAUUUACCCGUUCCCCUCCCAAGCAACUCGGAAAUCGAGGAAGCAGCAGUGUUUGUGGAUCAUAAUGGUUAUAAGGUCGCCAGAGUGGGAAAUUAUGUUGUGAAAUUUGGCGAUAGCCUUCAGCUUGAUCUCGUCGAAGGGGAAAACAUGGUUUACCUACGAUUCGCAACUAAAACUAAAAUUCCGAAAAUCUAUGCCCUUUAUAACGUGCCAGAAGCCUCCAUGAACUAUAUUGUUAUGGAGUAUAUCGAGGGGGAUACCCUAGAUACUCAAUGGAAAUCACUAUCCAAUCGAGAAAAGGAGGACAUAGCUUUAACCCUUAAACAAUAUUUUGUAGAGCUACGCAACCUUCCCUCGCCAGGUUACUUCGGCUCCUUAGGUAGACGCCGUAUGCCAGGUGGAAUGUUUUGGACCCCAGAGCCAAACCCUGCAAUAAAUGGGCCAUUCGAAAACGAGGCCGACCUGAAUGAGGCAUUGGCACUCAAGUAUAUCGCUGAAUCGGAGUAUCGAUCAGCAUAUAGGGCAGACUUUUACCGCCGCUCCUUAUCGAGUGUAUUUCGAGGGCACGAAUCGAAAUUCACACAUGGGGACUUUCAACGAAAAAAUGUCAUCAUUCGACCUUAUAACUCUUCCAACGACGGUACCAGUUCUAGAGAUGAGAAGAAGUAUGAGGUCACACUCAUUGACUGGGAAACAUCGGGUUGGUACCCAAGCUACUGGGAGUAUUCUAUGGCAGCAUUGUCUACACGAUGGGACGACGAUUGGGGUGGCUGGUUGGGGCAGUUUGAUAUGGCGUUGGAAUAUAAAUGGGUGCGAAAACCCAUGAACAUCACGUGCUUUCGCGUUUACUGGCCGGAACGCGAAAGUCUACUCCUAUGCCAAAGAGUGAUGGUUACGAUCCUGUCAGAUUCUGACGAACCCACUCGUCCGAAUCCAGACUCUUCAGCCUUCUCUGAGAGCCCACGACCAGCAAAACGACGACGUCUAUACAAACCUCCGCCCUCUUCCCGUACAGAUAUAGAAAGUGACAGCCAGGCUGAAGAGGGAGAAGAAGAAGAGCCGGGGGAGGACAGCGUUGAUGAUGACGACGGAAUUGAUAUUGGACCCGAAGGCGAAUCAGAGGAGGACUCGGAGGAAGAAUCAGAGGCAGAAUCAGAGGAUGGACUACCACUCCGGAAAGCUCGUCCCAAUAUAGGGAAAAGGGAGUCGACUAAACAGUCCGCGAACGCCCUUAUAUACCAACCCAAAUACUAUACAAAUCAGGAACCGGUAUUUGUGACGCAAUUGACUCAGCCCUCGUCAAGCCCUUCCAGGAUCCGUGGUCCACGGUGGAAGAAGCCCGCCCCUCAACUAUUUCAACCCGAACCACCAGACCCAGACCCGACGCCUUCUCCUGCUAUCUCAUUCUCUCCGGUCUCUCCCCCUCAGGCGGUACCAGCCGAAAAUGCAAAUGACCAACAGGAAACCGAAGGCUCAGAUGAGGACUUUAAGGCAGCCAUCCGUGCCUCUCUUAAAUCAUUGCGGGAAGAGACAUCGGUGCAGAAGACAAAAGUAACCAAUCGCAUUAUCGAUAACCCCCGGCCAAAGCAGGAUCUCGCUCUUUCUCCACCGCCCGCAAUAAACGGUAAUCCAGAUUUGAGAGUGUUAGGCUUAGACUUCGACCCGGAUGACAUACCUGAUGUGUUCGAUUCGUCUCCCCUAUCUUCACCUCGCCAGGCACCUAGAAAUGGGACCAUUCUAAUUACGUCCCAACUGGCCCCUCAAACCUCACAAUGGCGACAAUCGAGCUCACAACAGCAGAGUUUUCGGCAAACUACAUUAUUUGGCGGCAUUGCAAGCAACCAGUCUCAAUCCCAGUUGGCUUCCCGAGCCUGGCCCCUUGCAAGCCAAAACGAGCCUCCGACACAUCACUCUCUCAACUCUGAAGCUUUGAAAACGUGGACUUUCCCUAUGAAUUUGGGGACAAAACGUGACUACCAAUAUAACAUUUCUCAGCGUGGUCUCUUUCAUAAUCUUCUUGUUGCCCUACCAACUGGUUUGGGGAAGACGUUCAUCGCCGCAACGGUUAUGCUAAACUGGUUCAGAUGGACAAAAGACGCUCAGAUUGUAUUCGUUGCUCCAACAAGGCCGUUAGUCUCACAGCAAGUUGAUGCGUGUUUUAAUAUCGUUGGAAUUCCUCGUUCCCAAACCACAAUGCUUACAGGCAAUGUCGCGCCGGGCCUACGAGCGGUGGAAUGGCAGACAAAACGGGUAUUUUUCAUGACGCCUCAGACUCUCAUUAAUGACCUGAAGAGCGGCAUUGCUGAUCCGAAGCGAAUUGUGCUUCUAGUCGUUGACGAGGCCCAUCGUGCGACAGGUGCAUAUGUAUAUGUUGAGGUCGUCAAGUUCAUACAGCGAUUUAAUACUAGCUUCAGAGUCCUGGCACUAACCGCGACCCCCGGGUCAACCGUGGAAACUGUCCAAGAAGUAAUCGACGGCUUGAAUAUUUCAAGAGUUGAGAUACGUACUGAAGAAUCGCUUGACAUCCGAGGAUAUGUCCAUGCCAAAAAUGUGGAAACCAUAACCUUUUCUAACUCGGAAGAUAUGAGAGUAUGCAUGGAGCAAUUCUCAAAAGCACUAAAACCUGUUGUUGAGAAGCUUCGUAACCUCAACGCCUAUUGGGGGGAUGACCCAAUGUCUCUCACUCCAUUUGGAUUAACUGAAGCUAGGAAAAAAUGGAUGAUGUCUCCUGCUGGCAGAAACGCUAACUGGGGUCUAAAGGGGAUGGUCAAUAGCAUAUUCACAGUCCUUGCUAGCCUUGCCCAUGCUACUGAACUUCUGAAAUACCACGGCCUUGGGCCCUUUUACCGUAACUUGGUAUCCUUUCGUGACGGUUCUGCGGAUGGAGGUCAGGGAAAGGGAGGAAAAUACGGUCGUCAGAUCUUGGACGAUGGGAGUUUCAAAUCCAUGAUGACCACUUUACGAGCGAAGAUGACCGAUGAGGAUUUUAUUGGCCAUCCUAAAUUGGAAUAUCUCAAACAGGUCAUUCUGAACCAUUUUCUGGACGCGGACGCCAAUAACGAAGGAGGUUCCCCUUCCAAGACACGGGUGAUGGUUUUUAGCCAUUUCCGUGACAGUGCAGAGGAAAUUGUCAGAGUGCUUAAAAAACACGCCCCAAUAGUUCUGCCGCAUGUUUUCGUAGGUCAGGCAAGCGCCAAAGGCUCUGAUGGCAUGGACCAGAAGAAGCAGUUAGAAGUCAUCAAGAGUUUCAAGGAGGGGACAUACAAUACGAUCGUUGCGACUUCUAUUGGAGAGGAAGGUCUUGAUAUUGGAGAAGUCGAUCUCAUUAUAUGCUACGAUUCGUCAGCUUCGCCUAUUCGCAUGUUGCAGAGGAUGGGGAGAACGGGGAGAAAGCGCACAGGCAAAGUUGUUCUCUUGUUGAUGGAGGGCAAGGAAGAAGACAAGUAUAUCCGAGCAAAGGACAACUAUGAAAAGAUGCAACAGAUAAUUGCUUCAGGAACCCGAUUCACUUUUCAUGAGGACAAAUCUCCUCGGAUUAUACCCCGUGAGAUACAGCCAUGCGUUGAUGAAAGGCGCAUUGAGAUCCCAAUAGAAAACACUCAAGCCGAGCUGCCUGUCCCAACAAAGCGUGGUCGCGCUCCCAAGCGGCCUCCGAAGAAAUUCCAUAUGCCCGACGGUGUGGAAACAGGGUUUACAAAUGCAUUGACAAUGACAGGCGCCAGUAAGAAGCGUCCGAAACCAAGAGACUCGCCUGAAUAUCGAGAACCGAGCCCGGAACUUGCAGAACUCCCGCCAUUGAGUGAGGUGACCCUUACCCCCAGUCAAACGCUCGAGUUGAGACGAAACUUCCAAACCGUUGCUGGAACAUCACCACAGAUUAUGCGUUACCCCCGACUUGACGUUUACCCUGUCCUACAGAGAUUUUGCAGACCGACAGUGAAUGUGCCUCAUACAACAUUAACGCGCAGACUGGCUAAGGCAGUCCGUGAAAUGUCAGAAUAUGGCCCCGAUUGUGACGAAAAGUACGAGCCUUAUUUACCACUCGAUGUCGAAGAAUGGGAGCCGGAUGAAGAGGUGCCGUCUCCCAUUUCUGAAGUUGACGAACAUGAUCCUUUUUCCGAUGCAUUUGGCACCGGUCCUGCCGCCAACUCUCUCAAUCAACGCCAGAAUGAGCGUCAAGAUACUCUACCUCAGCCGGGAUUUUCGUCAUUGAUGUGCACCCAGCCAUCAGGGUCAUUCGGCCUUAAUAACGACAACGUAUUCCCAUCCCAGGGUAACCUCGACGAUGAUUUCCCGGACAUUGAUCAAUUAUUUGCAGAGUCAUUUGCCGGGAAUGAUCCUCUGGCUCGAAAAAAUGCAGCUGAGACUGAGAAGGACGCCAGAGAUGGUAUUGGAGACGCCAACGACGAUGACCUCGCACACAUGCUUGGUGACGAUAGCGAUUUUUCUAACCCUUUGGUGUUUCUGGUGGCCGUUAUAAAGUAUGGCUCCAGAGUGGUCGUUGAUAGAUACAUUGCGGACACGCAGACUAAGAGUUCCUACCACGCACCUCAUUCCGCUUCUUACUUCUCAUUUUACAACGAGGCCAUGGCGGAUACACAGUUUGACAGCGCCUUAGAUCUUCUCCGCCGACUCUCUCCACGAAACACAAAGGAGAAUCUACAGAAUAUCACCACUCUCGUUCCCGAGCUGACAGAAGACCUUCUCGCAUCGGUUGACCAACCACUUGAAGUCCGACGAUGCCCUCGUUCUAAACGCGACUACUUGCUUUGCGACUACAACCGUGAUGGAGACAGCUACCGAAGCCCAUGGAGUAAUGAAUUUGACCCACCAAUUGAAGAUGGAACAGUACCCAGUGAGCGAGUGAGGAAGCUAGAGGUUGAGGCAAACAGAGCGUUUGAUACCUAUCGAGACCUUUAUUAUGAUGGCGGAGUUGGGAGUGUUUAUUUCUGGGACCUGGAGGACGGGUUUGCGGGAGUCGUACUGUUGAAGAAAGGAAUUACCCCCGGAUCAAAGAACUCAGGUGCCUGGGAUAGUAUCCAUGUUUUCGAAGCUACAGACCGUGGUCGAACAUGCCAUUAUAGGCUCACUAGCACCGUGAUCCUCCACCUAUCUACCAGCUCGGAUUCACUUGGUGAAAUGGACCUGAGCGGUAAUAUGACGAGACAGAUUGAGUCUGAUAUGGCUGUGAACGGGGAUGUAAGCCAUGUUUGGAACGUCGGACGAUUGGUAGAGGAUAUGGAAUUUAAGAUGCGGAAUUUACUUCAGGAGGUCUAUUUCGGAAAAGCGAAAGACGUCGUGUCUGAGCUAAGAAGUCUACAACCACUCUCGGAAACAAACGAAGAGAAGUCCGCUCAUCGCAAUGUGAUCAACGCUAUGAUGAAAUAG